UAGAAUAAUUAUCCAUUAAUCGGAUAGAACUAUGUGUUUAGGGCUAAGGGUCCUAGCUAGCUGUAAAUAUUAAACCGAAUAUCAAAAUCUAGGCAUAUGGUUACCGAUCAUGGACAGAGAACGAUUAACCCAUUGUAGACCAGUGGGUAUUUAAAUACACUCCACGAAAAUUUGGAAUAGUGAAGAAUUUUAGCGGAGUUCAGGCGGCAGAUGUCGUGAGGGCUUUUGUAAGUAAAGAGAAAGGAAUGGAUGGAUCUAUACAAACAGUGCUAUUUUCCGCGAUUUAAGUCAAUUUGCUCAUCUCUUUAAAUAUAUGGGGGUUAAGUGGGUUAAAUUAGUUUUUUUAUCAGAACACAACAACCAAAAAUUGCUGUCUGCGUCGAUGCACAUGCACCAGCAGGCGCCGCCACAGCCAGAGGAGGAACAAAGGAAGGGACAAUAAUAGGCACAGGCACAACUCUCGCAGGAUCGCCGCGCUGCAUGAACUAUUUAACAAUUUUGCUGUGCAAUCGAAAACCGACGAUGCUCUCGCGCCGGAGCAAGGAGAAAUCCCAGGCACACAAAGAGGGCGUGGUGGGCAAGUAUGUGAAGAAGGACACGCCGCCGGUGAUACCGGUGAUCAAUGUGUGGACCAGCGAUCAGCGGUCUAAGAAGAAGACGCUCCAGCGCUGCGCCAGCACCUCGCCCAGCUGUGAGUUUAAGCCGCGCAGCUCCAGCACCAGCCGCAACACGUACUCCUGCAACGAUGCGCAGCCGGACUACUACCAUGCGCGGCGCGCCCAGAGCCAGCUGCCGCUCAAUCCGCACACGCACGCCAAUCAUCCGCCGCUGCCGCCACUCCAGUACCGGGCCAGCAGCAACCAGCUGCAGCUGAGCCAAGGCAACAGCAGCAACUACGUGAACAUCGAGCAGAUCGAGCGCAUGCGGCGCCAGCAGUCGUCGCCGUUGCUCCAGACCCCGACCAGCGGCUUCCAGCGCAGCUACUCCACCACCCCGAAGCACUCGCAUCCGCACAUGGCGGCCGCUAGCUUUGACGCCGAUCAGGGCCUUCUGAGUGCCUCCUAUGCCAACAUGUUACAGCUACCGCGCCGUCCCCACUCUCCUGCCCACUACGCCCUCCAGCAGCAGCAGCAGCAGCAGCAACAACAGCAGUCACAGCUACAGCUUCAUCAGCAACAUGCCUCAACGCCUUACGGAUCCACGCUUCGAUUUGAUCCUGCUGCCAUGUCCAUCAGGGAUCGCCAGCCCCGCUAUCAACCGACAAGAUCUCCACUGCAACAGCAGCAGCAGCUCCAGCAUCAGCAGCUGGCUGCACACUUGGCCGGGAGCUACUCGAGCGACUCGUAUCCGAUAUAUGAGAACCCGUACCGCGUAUCCUCAAUGCGUGUGACCCAGUCGCAGCGAUCGGAGUCCCCCAUCUACAGCAACACGACAGCUUCGUCGGCCACCCUGGCGGUGGUGCCACCACAUCACCAUCUGACCGUGCCCUCGAGCGGUGGAUCGCUAAGUGGCAGUGGUCGCGGCGGCAGCUCUGGCAGCAUUCGGGGAGCCUCUACCUCAGUGCAAUCUCUGUACGCCCCACCACCCACGCCGCCGGCAGCUGGUGUGACACCCACUGGGGGUGCUGCGGCGGGAAGUGUAAACGGAUCUUUGCAGAAGGUGCCGUCACAGCAGUCGCUGACAGAGCCCGAAGAGCUGCCCUUGCCGCCUGGCUGGGCCACGCAGUACACGCUGCACGGUCGAAAGUACUACAUCGAUCACAAUGCCCACACAACGCACUGGAAUCAUCCGCUGGAGCGCGAGGGUCUGCCCGUGGGUUGGCGUCGCGUGGUGUCCAAGCUGCAUGGCACAUAUUACGAGAACCAGUACACGGGCCAGUGCCAGCGGCAGCAUCCCUGCCUCACAUCCUACUACGUAUACACCACAUCGGCAGAGCCGCCCAAGGCGAUCAUGCCAGAGGCAUCGAUGUACGCACCACCUGCCCACACACACAACGCCCUGGUGCCGGCCAAUCCAUAUCUGCUCGAGGAGAUACCCAAGUGGCUGGCCGUCUACUCGGAGGCGGACUCCUCCAAAGACCAUCUGCUGCAGUUCAACAUGUUCAGCCUGCCCGAGCUGGAGGGCUUCGACAGCAUGCUGGUGCGCCUCUUCAAGCAAGAGCUGGGCACCAUUGUGGGCUACUAUGAGCGUUAUCGUCGCGCUUUAAUACUCGAGAAGAAUCGACGCGCCGGCCAGAACCAGAGCCAGUAGUGAGAGUCCCCCCAGCCCAAAGACAACUGACGCAACACACACACACACCGGAUACUCGCCACUCCGCUAGAGACCUAGUUAUCCUACACGAUCGACCCUAUUAACUUAUUUAAUCCCCCUUUAAAGCGACCUAUGAAAUCAGUGCCUUCAACAAGACUUUUACGAUGUGAAUCGGUGGAGAGAUAAAGAGAUCCAGCUCCAGAACCAGAUGCAGAUUCAGAUCCAGAGAACCUCUAGUUUUAACGUAGAAAUGUUUUACGUUCGAUUAUACCCAUUGUGUACUGUGAAUUGAGCUUUGCUUUGCUUUGUACUCGUACUCCGUGUACUGUACUGUAUAUUGUGCAAAUUAAACAAUAUUUUUGUAUGCUCAAA